GGCGGAAAAGGAAGUCGCUACCCUGAGAAUGGCUGGAUCAGGUUCGGGGUUGUUGGAUCAAGUGCCAGACAGCAAUGAGCUUCGAGUACAGAGCUCUCUGGAUAUCCAGGGGCAUCUUGUCCUCAGUAACCUGGCAGAGGUGGUGGAGAGAGUGCUCAGCUUCCUGCCCGUCAAAUCCCUUCUAAGAGCAGCAUGUGUCUGUCGACUAUGGAGGGACUGCGCCCGACGCAAGCUAAAGGCAAGGCAAAGAAUAACGUGGAUGUCAUGUUCUCAAUUUUUCGAUCAAGCACUGCCUGUAGCUCACUCACUGGUCAAGGUGGUUAAAGAUCACCUAGAGGAACUAUACGUACUACCAGAGACCUUGUUUUAUGUCACUGACUACCACACAAUAAAUUGGCACAGUGGACUGAAGAGAGCCAGGAAGAAAACCGGACUGGACGUUUCAAGUGCGUUGGAGGCUUAUUUACCCGACGAGUGCCAGAUACUAGGCCUUGCUACCCCGGGGGUUGUAGUUACUCCAAUGGGAUCUCUUACAAGCUGCCCUCUAGAAGUGGAGCAUGGUGAAGCUGGCUUUGCACUUGUCUUUCCAAAAAUGAACGGUGUAAAAAUCGAGAAAUUCCAGUUUUCUAAGGACCCCAAAAGUAGAAUGUUUGAUGAAAGUCAGCUCCAUGAAGCUGGCCUUAAAAACAAUCCUGAUCUGAGAGUGGUCCUGAUCUUUGCGUACAACACAUGGAGACAAGGAGACACUCGCUUUGUUCAGCAAGUGGUAAACACACUAAAUGAGAAAAGCAUCAUCAUUGCUGGAGGGCAAGUUGAGCACCUGGCCACGUAUGGUCCGCAGAUGAAGUCUCCGGGAGCCUCCUACAUUGGCGUUGUUGGAUUGACUUUCAGUGGACCGCAGAUACAGGCAGCUUCGGUGGUACUAGAUGACGACGUUGAGAACAAAAAGAGUGCAGACUCUGUCAUCCAGCGUCUCAAAGCUGCUAACAUCCCAGAAGACAACAGCGUGGGGUUCAUGUUUGCUUGCGUUGCACGAGGCGUACAGUACUAUGGGGAGAAUAAUGUGGAGGCAAACUUGUUCCGCAAACACUUUCCUAAUGUGCCUUUAUUUGGGUUUUUUGGGAAUGGAGAGAUUGGUUGCGACCGAGUAGUUAGUGGAAAAUUUACUCUAAGGGAAUGUAAUUGUGAGAAGGAUGAUCUCUUGCAUGGAUACACCACUGUGAUCACUAUCAUUCAUUUUGGCAAGUAGUGCUAAGUCCAUAAAACAUGUAGUGUGUGAAAAAGUUAAGUGACCAUCCUGGUAUAUCGCUGAUAUUCCUCAUAGAUGUUUGGGGUUCAAUAUGUAACCAUGGCUUUACUCAAGUCUUGUUAGCUAUUCUAGAUCCUGCUGCUUCAAAUUCAAAAUCAGUUCCAUGAGCAUUCCUAUUAAAUGCAGCUUUGUUUAAUGUCUUGCCUUUAAUGCUUUAAGCCAAUUAUCGCGUAAUAUGAAAUAAAUGUGUGGUUCAGACAUGAAAAUCACCUCAUGAACAGUUAUGCAUAUUUCAUGUUCAUAAGCAGCAGGGAGAUAACUCUUUUAGUACAGGUGUUAAAUACAGUUGGUUGUCGGGUACCAUGUCUCAAUGGUGCACAUCACGUUCAUUCCGUUUCCAAAGCUUAAUAGUGAAUUCUCUUUGAGUAUUCUAAAAAUAAAUAUCCAUACAAAUGUGAAAACCACUUAAAUGGAAAUGGUGCUCUCUAGACAUUUAAAUAUACAAAACUUUUUGUUAUCAAAAAAAACUUUUUAAUAAUUUGACACCUUAUAAGCUCAUCCAAAAGUCCAAGGAGUGCCAUAUCAUUUAGUGCUUAUCUGCUUUCCACAUUUUCUGUAGACGUAUGUUUAAAUCUUGUUUGCAGGAUCCGAUCAGCUAGGUAAACAGUUGCGCUGUCACUGACUUCAACUGAUUGCAAAAACAUCACAACCACGCUUCCUACACGCAGUAGGGUUUGUCUAUUUAGCAACAGCCUCUGAAUGCUUUAAUGAUUGAGAUUACAUAUGGAGACAGUUUGUUUUUAAUGUUGAUCUGCGCUACUUUGCCCAAUAAGCAGCACUUGUCUCUGCUCCUUGUUCUGCCAUCUAGUUUUUUUUAUUGUGAAAGCAAACAAAACUGCUCAGUUAGGACUUUCACACUUCAAAUGGUUAAAUCCAAUCUAAAAGGAGGUGCACAUGACUUAAAAUAAUGAUAGAACCUUGUCUGCAUAUGAUAGGGUUUAACGUUUUUUUGUUUGUACAUAAUGCUUUAUAUUUUAGAAUAUGUUAUGUUUUACUGUCUUUAGAGUUCCCUAAUGCUGCUGUUUCAAAAUGAAUGUAAUCAGGACUUUUCCAUUAAAGGGUUAUUACAUCA